AUGAAUAAGCAGGUCGGUACGUGUAAGAAAUGCCAACAAGAAUGUCAUAAUGAUUUUAUCAUGUAUAAACAUUCAUUGAGACAUCGUAAAGAUGCUGAUGAAUUGACGGAGAAAAAGUGCAAAAUAUGUAGUUAUAUAAUAACAAAACGCAUUAAAAUGCAUUUCGUAGAAUUGCAUCCCGAAGUUGUGGAUGAGUUUAAUAAAUCAGGCUAUGCAAAAAAAUGCUUAAAAUGUCCAAUUUGUCAUAAUACUUAUGCCAAUAAUAAAUACAAAAAAUUUUGGCAUCAUUUCAUGUUUAAACAUCCCCAAGAAAAUCAGGAGAAAUUUCGUUACAAUUGCCAUCUAUGCUCGCAUAAACGUUUUUCUGAUGAGGAAUUGUAUAUGCAACAUUUAAUGUUGCAACAUGAAUUAAAUUCCUGGAAUGUAUUAAACUUUCGACGAAUUUUUGAAGAUAAAGAAUACUUAGCAUGUUUAAAAUGCCACAGAGUGUAUGCUAAAAAUGAUACCUUAACAUUCCUAAAACAUUAUCUAGAACACGAAAGUUCGAGCUAUUGGUCAUGUAAAUUUUGUGGUAAAAAAAGUUGUUAUGGCCAUAAUGGACACUUGUGUCCCAAAAUGAUGCAAUAUUAUGGCAGACGAUAUAAAGUGGCUAGAGAAUGUAACAGAGAAAAGAAAAUAAUAAAAAAUUUAGAGGAAUUUGAAGAGUAUAUUGCACAUGUUUGUCCAUUUUGUAAGGAAGAGUUUAAUAAAUUACAUAAAUGGCAACAGCAUCUAAGAAGUAUUCAUGCAAUUGACACUCUUAAAGGUUUAGAAAUGAAGGUGGUAGCAACUGCAGAUAAUGAUAAAUUACGUUGUGUCAUUUGUCAUACUAUGGUAGCAAAUAAUCCGGUACAAUUACAUGCUCAUCGUUUUCAACAUUUACCUUUUAAGCCCUACAAAUGUCGUCACUGUAAGCAAACAUUGGCCACUUUUAAGGUGGCCGUUAAUCAUGUGGUGAAACGUUGUAAUGAUGACGAGGAUAGGGAAUAUAUUAAACAGGUUUUAAAACCAAAUAUAAUUGAUCCAGCUGAGGUAGAGAUACAAUGUUCCUUUUGUAACUACCAAAAAUUCAUUGAUGCUAAAGAGGCUUUCACACAUUUCCAAGAUAAGCACAAUAAUUUCGAGGAAUUCUUUUCCCUAGACUCUGAAGCAGAUAAUUUAAUGUCGUGUAUGGUUUGCCAAAAGAAAUUCUUAAAAAACGACGCACAUGAACGUUUAAAGCAUGUGUAUACACAUUUUGAUCAAAAGAUCUUUAAAUGUCCCUUAUGUUCACUGUCCUAUUUUAAGCAUAGCACUUGUAUUGGUCAUAUGAAAAAGGUUCACUAUUUUAAACCCUUAAACUUAGUGCGAUCAUUAAAAGAAAAAGCUGAACUUUGCCUAAAUAAAGAAGAUAUAGUAAACGAAUAUCAGUCUACUGCUGGUGCUGCACCUCAGUUAGCUAAACCCAAUCUGAACUCUCAUGUACUCAAUGAGUUUGCUGAAUUUAUUAACUUUGCCUGUCCAGAGUGCAAUGAAGGUAUAUCCAAUCAAAAGGACUGGCAUACACACAUUACCACACAACAUGAUUUUUUCGAUGAAUCAAAUGUGAGCUUUAAGGACUCGAAUGGUGCGCUAAAAUGUCUAACAUGUAAGCUAAAUUUGCCUACAGUUUUAACCCAACGCCUCAAACAUAAGUUAACACAUAUGCCCUACCGUUCAUUCAUAUGCAAUCUAUGCUAUGCUCGUUGCAAUUCUUUGGGUGUACUCUAUGGACAUUUUCGUAGGAAACAUUUUGCCCAAGGCACAUUUAAGUGCUGCAUUUGUCCGGAUGUUUUGGCAACAUCACAUCAACGAACAGAACAUUUAAAGCAAACGCAUCCACCCAAUGAAUGGCCCGAUCAUAUAUGUUUAAUAUGUUACAAAAUAUUAAGAAGUAAAUCUUCAUUAAAUAAGCAUAUGGAAACACACAAUGCUGAACGUGUUAGGUAUACAUGUGAUAUCUGUGGUUCGAAAUUAAUUGGCCGGAAAGAUUUUAAGAACCACGUAGAUAGACAUGAGGAAAGAGGUGAGUUCAAAAAGAAAGAUUGUGACGACAACGAUAUUCCUUCACAAUUUGGAUGUGAUGAGUCUAACAUAAUUAUACCGGAUAUUAUAGACGUUAAGACAGAUUUGAAUAGUAUUGGUAAAUCUCUUCGAUAUAGACCUGAUGUUGAGGAUUUAAAACCAGAUUUGGAUAUUGUUGUUGGUGUUGAUCUUAAAUCCACAAAUGAUAAUGUUAAUAAAAGAAAAUCGCUUAGAAAUUCUUUGGAUGCAAAAAAGAAAAAAUGUGAUAUAGAAUAAAUAAUGUUUCAAUAUUAACGUUUAUUAUGGAAACGAUUCGCUUGUCUUUAAUUUAGUAAUAACAUCUUUAUCAUUAAAAAUUAUUUAUUUAGCAUUUUAUAGUCGUAUGCAGUGGCAUGAAAAAAUAACUCUUUUAAUAAACUAAUUAAAACUAAAAA